AUGUCGAAGCUUGGGAUCACCGACGAAGAUGCUGUGGUGAUUGCCGAGGGUCUCAAGGAGAAUCUCAAUUUGCAGGCGCUUAUGUUGGAGGGCAACCAGAUUGGCGACGUGGGAGCACAAGCGAUCGGAUCUGCACUCCGGCACACGCCGAAGCUGUUUAUCUUAUUCUUGGGCGAGAACAAGAUUGGGGACAUUGGCGCCAGAGCCAUCGGCGAAGGCAUGCAGAUGUUGCGUGCGCUGGGUGACUUGAGGAUCAACGCCAAUCAAAUUGGUGACGCGGGAGCUCAGGCGAUCGGAGCUGCACUUCGGAACAAGGCCGGGUUGUCUAUCCUCUGCUUGGAAAAGAACAAGAUUGGCGACGUUGGAGCUCGUGCCAUCGCCGAAGGCCUACAGACGUCGAAGAUACUGGGUGCGCUCAGGAUCAACGCCAAUCAAAUUGGCGACGCGGGUGCACAGGCGAUCGGAUUGGCGCUUCGAAACAAGUCGAGCCUGGCCUUCCUCGAACUGGGCACUAACAAAAUUGGUGACACCGGAGCCCGUGCCAUUGCUGAGGGACUGAAGAAGUCGCCUGCGUUGACUCGUCUCCUGAUGGAUAAGAAUCAAAUUGGCGACGCGGGAGCACAGGCCAUUGGAUCUGCGCUUCGGAACAAGGCGAAACUGGCAACUCUCCAUUUGAGCAGUAACAAGAUUGGUGAUACCGGAGCUCGUGCCAUCGCUGAAAGCCUGCGGACGUCGGCUGAGUUGACUGAGCUCAGGAUGCACACCAAUCAAAUCGGUGACGCGGGUGCACAAGCGAUCGGAUCUGCUCUUUUGAACAAGGUCCUGUCCCGCCUCGACCUGGCGAAGAACAAGAUUGGUGACGCUGGCGCUAGUGCCAUCGCUGACGGCCUGCAGAUGUUGCGUGCGCUGGCUCACCUCGAGAUGAACAACAAUCAUAUCGGCAACGUGGGCGCACAGGCGAUCGGAUCCGCGCUUCGGAACAAGGCAGACCUGUCUAUCGUCGACUUGGGCAGCAACAAGAUUGGUGACGCUGGAGCUUGUGCCAUCGCUGACGGCCUGCGGUCGUCGACUGCAUUGCUGACACUCGGGAUGCACGCCAAUCAGAUUGGUGACAUGGGAGCCCAGGCGAUCGGAUCUGCGCUUCGGAACAAAGCAAACCUUUCUGUACUUCUUAUGGGCAGUAACAAGAUUGGUGAUGCCGGAGCCUGCGCCAUCGCCGAAGGCCUGCAGACGUCGACUGCGUUGACUGACUUCAAGAUGCACGUCAAUCAGAUUGGUGACACGGGAGCACUGGCGAUUGAAUCGUCGCUUCGGAACAAGCCGCUGCUGGCCAUCCUCCAUCUGUCCCGCAACCAGAUCUCUGCAAGUGCUGUUCAGCGUCUAUCCCAAAGCAUUCCCGCAGAUUGCGAGUUCUUGGCGGAAAAUCAGAGCAUCAUUCCCCCGAGUCCAGGCCCCGUCGCACCCACACCCGCUCCGCUAUUCAAUGCUGCCAGCGCGCCUCUCGCGGCGUCCGAUUCGAUGGCUCGGCAAGUUGGUCAACAACUCCAAUCGCGUCAAGUGGAACCAGCUCAGCCCUCGUCCGCUGCACCCAUCAACGCCACCAUUCCGCGAGUGUCGUUGCAAGUUCUGUCGCAAGCCACAAUGCAGUUUUCAGAGUCCAGGCGCAUCGGUGGCGGUGGAUUUGGCAGCGUCUACUCUGCUGUCUGGAGCGGUCGGCAAGUUGCGGUCAAACGCUUGGCGGCCAAUUCAACCCAAGGCAUCGCUCAGUUCGAGUCAGAGCUAGAAUCUCUCUCGCGUUUCCAUCACCCGAACAUUGUCACCAUCAUGUGCUAUGCCCAGGAAGGCAACGAGCGCUGCUUGGUCUACGAGCUGAUGGCAAACGGAUCUGUUCGCGAUCGUCUUGAUCGCAAGGGUGGCACGCCUGCAUUGAACUGGGCUCAACGCCGAACCAUUGCAACCGAUAUUGCAACCGCCAUGCACUUUGUCCAGACUGCCAUUCCGCGGCAGCCGCUGUUCCACCUGGAUCUCAAAACGAGCAACGUGUUGCUGGAUGCUGACUUUCACGCCAAAGUCGCCGAUUUUGGGCUGACGCGCUCUGUGCCAGCUCAAGUCGAUGAACACAGCUACAUUCGUACGCAAACGGUUCAAGGCACACUGCAGUACAUCUGCCCGCAGUACCACCAGGAAGGCAAGGUCUCGAUCAAAACGGACGUGUACUCGUACGGCAUGAUUCUGCUUGAGCUAGUUACUGGACAGCAGCCCAGCAUCGACCUGCUCGCCAACGUUCGACGCGAGCUGAAAAGGAGCCGUAAAAUUGAUGCGGUGCUGGACAAGGCAAUUGAUUGGAGCCUUCAUGACAAGGAGGCGGCACAAGUCAUGGCGGGCGAGCUUGCGGUUGAUUGCCUUGAGCAAGCACGAGUUGAUCGACCGUCGUUCGGCGAGAUCCUGAGACUAUUGUCGGGCGAAGAAGCCGGAGCGAACGAGGACGACGCUAUCGAGCGUGAGUGCUUGAUCUGUUGCGACGCGCCGACCAAUGCCAAAUUGAUGCCGUGCUGCCACGCAUGCGUCUGUGUUGCGUGUGCUCAAGUGAUGAUCCAGCGCCACGACAACUGCCCGAUUUGUCGGGUGCUUCUGACCUCAUUCCAGGAGGGCGCAUUCAACCAGACCUUUGUUCCGUGA